AUGGAUGCACGCAAGAAGAAGAGAAAGGUGCUGCUAAUGGGCAAGAGCGGCUCCGGCAAGUCGUCCAUGCGCUCAAUCAUCUUCAGCAAUUACGUCGCAAAAGACGUGCGGCGACUAGGGGCUACCAUUGACGUGGAACACAGCCAUGUCAAGUUCAUGGGCAACCUAACCCUCAACCUAUGGGAUUGUGGAGGACAAGACGCAUUCAUGGAAACAUACCUCGCCUCGCAAAGAGGCAAUAUAUUCUCCGACGUCGCCGUGCUCAUCUACGUCUUCGACAUCGAAUCCCGCGAGGUCGAGCGCGACCUCGACACCUACAGCGCAAUCAUCGACGCCCUCCGUGAAUUCAGCCCCUACGCUUACGUCUUCUGUCUCGUCCACAAAAUGGACCUCAUCCAGGCUGAGCACCGCCAACGCAUCUACGAAGAACGCUCGGCCCUCAUCCGCUCCCGCUCCGCCCAUUUCCACAUCGACACUUUCGCGAGCAGUAUCUGGGACCAAUCGCUGUACAAAGCCUGGGCAGGCAUCGUGCACAAACUCAUUCCCAACCUGACGGUUAUCGAGCGCUUUCUCUCGGCGUUCGCGAAGAAAAUUGACGCCGAGGAGGUUAUUCUCUUUGAAAGAUCGACUUUCCUGACGGUUACCUCUGUUUCCUCGACGAUAGGCGAUCUCAACCCUAUCUUCGAUCGCCAUGAACGGCUAUCGAAUAUCAUGAAGGCCUUUAAGCAUUGCGCUGCGCGAAAUACAUUGACGACACCUGCUUCGGCCGGGUUUGUGGUUAUGCAUACCAAAACCCCGCAGUUUAAUAUCUUUCUGGGGAGGUUCACAGAUAACACAUAUAUUUUCAUCGUCGUGCCGCCGGGCGAAGCGGCGUACAACUGCGCCGUGUUGAAUACCAUGCUCGCUCGUGAAGGCUUCGCGAAAGCAGCUGCCUCUGGACGUGGCGAUGGGUUCCCAUUACCGCCGCCUGAGACGCCGGAUGAUCAUCCUGCGAAUGGACCACUGUCCCCCUGA